AUGGUUGCACAAAGAAUUCUCAGCAUAAGCAACAUUCAAACUGCUGCUAGGCAUUGGGUUCCAAUUGCUAAACACCAAAUCACAAAGUACCCAAAACCACAAUCCACUCAACUUAUAUCAAAGCAAUUUUACUCAUCAAGGAUAAGAUGCGUCAACUACAACUACAACAACAUCAACGAUGUGUCUUUGGUAUCCAACGACGACGUCAUCAAUGCUUCUGCAACCAGCUCCACCAGAUCUUCAACCAACGACGAUGCCGAACCUUUUGAGCCAACUAUUUACUCCUCAGAAGAUAUACACACUGCUGGUCCAGUUAACAGAGCUUAA